AUGGAGGAAGCGGCGACAUUGAGGUCAACCAAUCAAAACCCAGUCCAUAGGCCCUCUGAGAAAGCCCGGGACCCUGGAGAAACUAAGCGCGAUCGCGAGCCCCGGCGGAAGAGCCAGGAUGAGAAAAAGCAAAAACGGAAGAAGUUCGAUAGCUACACCCCCCUGAACUCUUCCCUCUCCCGCAUCUUGCGGGAGAGAGCCUCCACCGACCUCAGGGACAAGGCCCCCCCACUACUCACUCGGGGGGAUAAGCUGGAUUCAAAAAGGUUCUGCGAAUUCCAUGACAGCCCCGGCCAUAACACAGACGAGUGUCUGAACCUGAAGUACAAAGUAGAAGAACUAGUCAGAAUCGGAAGAUUGUCAAAGUACGUCGCUCUCUCCUCAGGCGACCUCCCUCGUCCGCCCAGAGCCCGGGCCCGAACUCCGCCCAGGAACCGAGCCCGAACACCCCCUCGGGCGAGGAGCCCUCAUCGUCGCCGAAGUCCCGACCGACGCAGGAGCCCCGAUCGUCGUAGAAGUCCAGGUCGACGCCGAUCUCCAGAUUGGCGGGACCAAGAUGAAGUAUGA